AUGUCUGACAACACCAACACCAACCCCGACCCCCAACCGCCGCAAACCGCCUUCGGCCCCCCCAACCGCUACGUCACCACCCACGACCCCGCAACCCGCCAGGCCGUCUUCACCACCGCCCUCCCCUCCCCGGUCCUAGGGUCCGGCAUUCCCGGCACGCCCGGCGUAGCCAUCUUCGACGCCUACAAAACCGUGGUCAGCCCCGUCAUCAUCACCAACGAAGCAGACCUCAACGCCAUCAAAUCCCCAUCCCAGCUCCCUCCUCCUUCAGACACCACCACCACCACCACCACCACCACCACCACCACCCCCACCCCCGGCACAGACUCCGAUGCACCAUGGUUCCCCGCCCCGCACCAAACCCUCCUCCGCUACACCGACUGGGCUCCCGGCGCGUCGGCGGAACUGCACCGCACCGAGACGCUGGAUAUGGGGGUGGUGGUGGCGGGGAGCAUGGAGGUGCGGCUGGAUUCCGGGGAGACGAGGAUCCUGAAGGUGGGGGACACCAUCGUGCAGCGGGGCACGAUGCACGCGUGGCGGAAUCCGAGCCAGACGGAGUGGGCGCGGAUGGUGGUGUUUUUGGUGGGGGCGGAGGAGGUGUUGGUUGGGGGGGUGCCCGUGGGGGGGGCGAUGGCCCUAUGCUUCUUCUAUGCGUGCCCUGCCUGA